CUUCGAGCUAUCCCUACUCCGCACUAGUUCCCCCGCACCGGGGACCUCCACCUUUUCGCUAGCCUUCAUGGCCCCAUGGGGAUCUGUGCCAUGGGGUAAGAUAGUUUCUCGAUAAUCGAGAAGUCUCGUGUCUUGUGUGCAGGGCGCCAAAGGAUAAAAAGCUUGAAGUCGCCGCAUCUGUUCAAGUCUUAAGCUGUGUACUUUAGAGCCUCACUUAGGAAAGACAUCCAAACCUGCUUCGCUCCCCAAGGAAUCUCAACACCAACACCGUCACCAUGGGAAUCGACGAAACAACCGUCGUGCCUACUGAGCGCGAGCUGCACGCUUUCGAGCUCAAUGAUCCAGCUACUGUGGAGCUCAUUGCGCGAGCCCAGCAGGCUGUCGAGGCAGACCGCAAGCUCACAAUUAUGCAGGCCUUGAAGAAGUACAAGACUGCUGUUUUCUGGGCCAUGAUUCUCUCUUGGGCCUUGGUUAUGGAAGGAUACGACGUUGUCGUGAUCAACUCUUUCUUUGGCCAGACACAGUUCAAGAAUCGCUUCGGUACUUAUGAUGAGGCUACCGACUCGUAUCUGAUCACGGCUCCUUGGCAAUCUGGCCUGGCUAACUCCGCUCUGGUGGGCCAAGUUGCUGGCCUCGCUAUCAACGCUUACGCCCAGGAUCGCUUCGGUUGCCGCCGCACAACAAUGGUAUUCAUGGUGUGGAUGAUAGCUGCCAUCUUCAUUCCCUUCUUCGCACCCUCGCUGGCCGUCCUUGCCUUUGGCGAGGCCAUGUGCGGCAUCGCUUGGGGCGUCUUCCAGACGCUGACCACGACCUACGCCUGCGAGCUUGUCCCGAUCGUUCUCCGUCCUUACGUGACCUCUUAUGUCUGCAUGUGCUGGGGAAUCGGCAUCUGCAUCUCGUCCGGUGUGAUCCGUGCCGUCGCUAAUGUGCAGGGUGAUCUCGGUUGGAGGCUGCCAUUCGCCCUCCAAUGGGUCUGGCCUGUGCCCUUGUUCCUCGUCGCUUACUUCGCUCCUGAGUUUCCCUGGAACUCGGUACGCCGCAAUAAUAUCGAAGAGGCAAGGCGCAGUUUGGAGAGGCUCGCUGGCAACUCGGAUCACAAGCAGGAGGAGGUCGAGGCGACUCUCGCUUACAUCCGAUACACUACCGAGAUGGAGCGUGCUGAGUCCGAGGGGGCCUCGUUCCUUGAUUGCUUCCGUGGUACCAACCUGCGCAGGACUGAGAUCAACUGCGUUGUGUGGGCUGCUCAGAUUCUCUGUGGUAACCCCCUCCUCAGCUACGCCGUCGUCUUCCUCCAGGCUGUCGGUUUUGAUGAGAUCCAGGCCUUCAACACCAACAUUGCGCUUUCCGUUUGCAUUGUCGCCGGUGUCUUCAUUUGCUGGUUCCUGUUCCCGCAUUUCGGCCGUGCGACCAUUUACAUGAGCGGCUUGUCUUUCAUCUUUUUGACACUGGUCAUCAUUGGCGGCUUGGCCUUCCACAACACUAAGGGUUCGCAGAUGGCCCAGGCCAUUAUGCUGAUCUUGUCGACCCUCGUCAACUACUCCACCCUCGGACCCGGCUGCUACCCCAUCGUGUCGGAGACUCCUUCUGGCAGGCUGCGAUACAAGACCAUUGCUAUCGGUCGAUUCAUCUACAACCUAACCAACGUCUUCCAGAAUGUCAUCACUCCCCGCAUGCUUUCACCCACCGCUUGGAACUGGGGAGGCAAGGCCGCCUUGUUCUACGCCGGUACCAACCUGCUCUGCAACAUCUGGUGCUGGUUCCGUCUUCCUGAGACCAAGGGCCGCAGCUUCGGUGAGAUUGAUCUUCUUUUUGAGCACAAGAUCUCCGCCCGCAAGUUCAAGAGCGUCAAAGUCGACCAAUUCGCUCACCAGACCAACUACGAGGACAAGCUUGAGUUGAACACCGCUGCCUCACACGUCGAGUAAGCGGUCUACUAAUGUAAAGAUCACUGUGUGUUACUGUAUGCUUCUAUAUAUGCUAAGACAUCCAUUAAUAAUGAGAGAGUACCUGGAUAGGAAGGCGGGGAAGAUCAGAUAUUCACGGAACAUUUUCAUGUUUGGUAAAUAGUCGACUUUGCAAAGUAAUAAACAAUAAUUAAGUGG